CCAGCGGGCUCGAGCUGGCCCCGGUCGCGGCCCCGCGCACGCGCGCACACUCACAGCUCAUCCACGAUUGCUCAGGAGCGCGUCCACGCCCUAAAAGCAAGGCGCUUAACCAAUAAUUGCGGCCGCGUGAGGCAUCACGGGAACUCCGGGGCUAUAAAAGACCUGGUUGCUAUUUUGUGCUCCUCUAGUCACUCAUCCUCUAAAUAAGCAGGGUGGGGCCAGGUGCGCAUGCGUGGUUUUACUACUCCGCCCAAACUGCCAACUCUUCGCGCAGGCGAGGUAGGCUGCCUUGCCUGGGUUCACGCCUGCGCACUAACGGCCUUAGGACCGGAAGACCAGGCGCUUGCGCAGUGGGAUCUACGGUGACAGACCGGGUGGGGCGCGAGCCAGUCAUGGCGGAUUCUUGGACUGUGCAGUCCUUGCAGGCUCUGCCGGCCACAGUGCUUGGCGUGCUGGGCUCCCUGGGCAGCGAGUUCCUGCGUGAGUGGGAGGCGCAGGACAUGCGCGUGACUAUCUUCAAGCUGCUGCUGCUGUGGUUGGUGUUAAGUCUCCUGGGCAUCCAGCUGGCGUGGGGGUUCUACGGGAGCACGGUGACCGGGCUGUAUCACCGCCCAGGUCUGGGCGGCCAGAACGGAUCCACACCUGAUGGCUCCACGCAUUUCCCUUCGUGGGAAACAGCAGCAAAUGAACUUCUCAAAACCCACAGAGAAUAAGGGAAAGCACCAAAGGGGUCUCCAGGGACAUCACCGGGUCUGCUGGCUCCCACACUGGGUUCUGCUGCUUCCUAGACCCCAGGGAUGACUGCAAGGGGUUCAGGGCUGCGGGGCAGGGAGUACUCCAGAGCUUGCUGGGUUGGGCCUCCACUGCCCUUGGCCUUUCCACCAGCAGCCCCAGGCAUUGGCCAGUAAAGAGUUUGCCUCUACCCUCACCUGGGUACCUUAUGGAGAAGGCACGUUUCUCCUCUCAGGGGUCAGUUUAGGAGAAGCCUCUUGGUUGGGAAGGCUAGCAGUCCAUUUUCUGUCUUGGCUUCUUCCUGUCCCUCUUCUCAUCCUCCUGGGAUGUGACCCCAUAGAGAUUUGUCUGAGAGGAAGGCUGAGGCUGGCCAGCUCUGGGGUUUGUAAGGGAAGUCUGUUUUACCCUAAACCCUAGGUUUCCUGAAUUUGGUUUUGCUGUGUUGGCAGGGAGCCGGGAAUCUUGGCCUGGACACAGACAUAUACUCUAUGAUAACUUAGCUGGCCAUUCAAGUAUAAGGGGCAGCUGGCACCAUCCAGUCAUGAUGACACCAAACACCCACCUCCCUGGUGCAUCCAGAGCUCUGCAGGUGUGAGCUAGGCUAUGGAAAUUGUUUUUUCUGGAGCAUUAUGGUCAUAUUCCUUUCACUCCUUUGAGGGAAGCUGAGUGCCUGAAAGAGGCUGAGCCCCAGGGGUGACCUCCCACACCCGUCCCAACCACUUAAGUGCUCUUGGGGUUGUGGGUCUGGACCCCACCUGCUCAGAGAUACCAAGCAGUUAGUACAGAGUGACCCCCACCUGCCCUGCAGCCUCAUUACUUCCCAUCUUGACCUGGAACCUCAGGAGCUUCAUCCUAAGAGCCCACAGGCUCAGUUCCUCCCUACCAGCACCAUCUCAGCCUCCAAGAACCCUGAAGAGAGAAGAGCUACAGGUUUGGCAGGCCUGUCACUUCCACAGUGGGCCAGGGGACCUUCCAGAGGUGUAGGUGGUAAAUGCCAGUUCCUGAAAGCAGUGUGGCCCUAAACCUGCCUCCUUCCCGGAUAGCCAUACUCCUGCCUACUUCUAUGGGUCACCAGUGUCCCCGUCUUCCUGCCUGCCUCCCUCUGUUAGACGUCACAUUUCCAUCUGGCAGCCUUGGCCUAGAUCGUCUUUGUGGCAGAGGUACACUGGAAGUAGGGCUACACUGAGCUCUUGCAUAGGUACUUACUCCAGAGAUACCUUCUGGUUGGCAGGAUGAUAGUUUUGCAGCCCCAGGCCUACCCAGUGACACCACCACACAGAUUCAGGGUCUCACAUUCCACCCCAGGCACGACUGAAGAUGUGGCUUAUUAAACAUGGAAGUGCA